AUGGAUAGCGCAGCUUGGUGGAUGAAACUUGCGGUGGAGGAGGAAGAUGUGAUUAGAAAAGGGCCCUGGACAUUAGAGGAAGAUACCAAGUUAAUUGCCUAUGUAAGACAGUAUGGUGCAGCUCGUUGGAGUUCACUUGCUAAGAUGGCAGGUUUGAAGAGAGAUGGAAAGAGCUGCAGGAUGAGAUGGCUCAAUUAUCUCCGCCCUAAACUUAAGCAUGGCAACUUUUCUCCCGAGGAGGAUCGCUUAAUCAUCGAAUUGCACAAUAAAUGGGGAAACAAGUGGUCUUCCAUUGCCCAUAAUUUACCAGGAAGAACAGAUAACGAGAUCAAAAACCAUUGGAGAACCCACAUCAUUAAAAUGUCUCCAGAGCUAAUUGGGAGUUGUCCGCCAACUUCCAAAAGUCCAAAACAAACAAAGUCAGUAACAGAAAAUAAUAAGCUUUCCAGAAGCGAAAGCUUCGAGGAUCUGCAAGUGGCCGCAAUGAAGGAAUGUUAUGCAGAAUCUGAUUCACCCAAUACUCUUAACCAGGCGAGCUGUGAUAGUUGUGACUCGGACUGUGGUUACGAGGAGUUCAUAGAAAAGUUAUGUGAUAUGGAUACAGUGAGCAGCAUUAUAGGUGAUGCAUAUGCAGCAAUGGGCAGCAUUAUAGCUGACGAAUAUGCAGCCAUGAUGGUCCAAGAGAGCCCAACCUUCUCGUGGUCUUCUGGGACAGAUUCUCCAAUCAGUGUUUUGUCAGACAGUGAAGAGUUCUUAUGGGAUUAUAACUCCAUCGACUUAUGGAAUUUAGAUGAUGUACAAAACAUGUGUUGUUAA